AUGACAGCCGGGACAGUGGUCAUCACCGGUGGAAUCCUAGCAACAGUUAUACUACUCCUUAUCAUCGCAGUACUGUGCUACUGUAGGCUGCAGUAUUAUUGUUGUAAGAAGGAGGAACUCGAGUCGGAGGAGGAGGAGCCAGACUUUGCCGUCACGUCCCGCCUCCCCCCUGUUCACUCUAACCACAACAUAGUGGCGGCCACUGCAGCCGCCUCGGCCAUCCCCAAUGGCCCCGCUCUGUUCUCCACUCCGCCUCUGGCCAGGAAACUGACUCGCUCACAGACCUUCUGUCCCUCAUGUACACACUAUGAUCUGCCCUUUUACCUCCAGCCCCCACAGCCUCAGCCCCCGCCGCCUCAGAUGCACCACCAGCCAGAUGGGCUGAGAAAUGGAGGGGAGCGCAUCAGCUACCGCAGCGUCCAGCAGCAAGAGAUGGACUUGCCUGUGCCUGUGAACAUCACAAACUACCGCAAGCCUCAGCUGGCCCGCUCUGUCACCAUGAGGGACAUGUUCCAGCGCAGCUGUAGCAUCAGCACCGAUGUUUAG